AUGGCCCCCUCGAAGAGGAAGCUGGCGGGGGACGAAGUUCCUGCAAGCACAGCGAACAAGCGAUCGAAGUCUGAGACCAAAUCUGAGGCGAAGACAAAAAAGCAGAAACUGGGCGCCGAUCAAGAAACAACACAGAAGCCCAAGCAUGUGUCUGUCCUUACCAAAGAGCAACCUGCGUUCCCUCGUGGCGGUGCGGGCCUUCUCACUCCGUUGGAGCGAAAGCAAAUUCAGGUGAAAGCUACUCGAGAUGUUGCAAGAGAACGAAAAAGUCAAGAUUUGUUUGGAGGUACAUCUACACAAAUGGACACAAGCGAUGAAGAGCAAACUUCCCCAUCCGACGUCGAACAAAAGAAGCCAGCGAAGAAGUCCAAAAAGAACAAACGUCGUCCCGAAAGCUCGACCGCCGAUGCUCCUGACGUGCAGAUUGGUGGCUUGAACUACAAACGCUUGACUACCGACUCCUUGAUCCUUGGCCAAAUUACAUCGAUCAGCACAAGGACGCUCACACUGGCUCUACCCAACAACCUAGUAGGCUACGUCCCUCUCACCGCGAUCUCCCCACAAUUCAGCGAGAAGAUCCAGGCCUUGAUUAAGGGAGAUGCGGAUCACAGCGAUGAGGACGAGGACAACGACGACGAAGUGAAUGACAUUGCUCUCGCAAACUAUUUCAAAAUUGGGCAAUAUCUGCGAGCAGCAGUGACAUCUACAGAGCAGGAAAGAGGCGCAGGCAGACCAACAGCUCGAAAGCGUAUAGAGCUAUCCAUUGAGCCGUCCUUGACCAACAUUGGCCUGAAGCGAACAUAUCUCACCACAGGUGCUACGGUCCAGACAUCUGUCCGAAGCGUUGAGGACACCGGCGUCGCAGUCGACCUGGCUCUCAACGACAAUGAAGAAACACUUCGCGGGUUCAUCCCUAAAAAGGAAUUACCGAAUAACUUACUUUUCUCAGAUAUCCGGAAAGGUACUGUGCUCUUGUGCACUAUUAUUGAGAGUGGCUCGAAAGGCAAGGUCUUGAAACUCUCUGCAGAUCUUUCAAAGAGUGUGACUGUCAAGUCUGCACCCUCCAUUGACGCCUUCCUCCCAGGGACACGGGCUGAGAUAUUGAUCACGCACCGCCCUGACUACGGUCUUGCUGGCAAGAUCAUGGGUAUGCUGGAUGUGACGGCUGAUCUAGUGCACUCAGGCUCUUACAAGGACAAGGAAGCAUUCCUAGCCAAGUUCGAAGUUGGCAAGAAGAUUCCAGGCCGACUGGUCUGUAACUUCCCAACGUCGGAUGUAAGAAAACUAGGAUUUUCAGUGCUCGAGGAUCUGAUUGAUAUGAAACCGGACGAUGGAUUGUCAACCAAGGCAGAUGGCAAGCUUGCUUUAUCUUCUAUUAUAGAUGAAGCUACCGUUGUCCGCGUAGAGCCCGGCCUAGGCGUUUACCUGCAGUUGAACGAGGAUCAUGUUGGCUUCGCACAUAUCUCGCGUCUUUCUGACGAAAAGAUCGAUACUUUGUCCGAAAUCACUGGCCCAUUCAAGCUUGGUACUGACCACAAAGCUCGGAUUCUGGAUUACAAUCCUAUCGACAACCUUUAUGUCCUCUCACUUGAGCCAAAAGUACUCAGCCAACCAUUCCUUCGCUUCGACGAUGUUCCACUUGGAGCCGUGGUUAAAGGAACGGUCGAGAAGAUUAUCAUCGGCUCCAAUGGUGUUUCCGGCUUAUUGGUCAAUCUAGCCGAAGGUAUCAGUGGUCUAGUUCCACAAAUACAUAUGUCUGAUGUGGACCUAAAGCAUCCAGAGAAGAAAUUCCGAGUAGGCCAGACAGUGACAGCAAGAGUGCUAUCAACAGAUCCAGCUAGGCGCCGGCUGAAGUUGACGCUGAAGAAAUCACUUGUUAACAGUGAUCAAAAACCGUGGCUCAAUUUCGACGAUAUUGAGGUUGGGAAUUCCACCGUUGGAACAUUGACCAAGGUUGAUCGCUUUGGUGCAGUCGUCCGGUUUUUCGGUCCAGUUCGUGGUUUCCUUCCGGUCCAUGAAAUGAGCGAAGCAUACAUCAAAGACGCAACCGAGCACUUCAGAGUGGGACAAGUCUUGACCGUCAAUGCUAUUAGCGUCAAUGCGGAGGAAAGACGCCUUACGGUCUCUUGCAGAGAUCCCAAUGCUAAUCCAUCGACCGAGAGCGCUCUUUCUGCGCUGAAACACGGCUCACUCGUCAGCGGUACUGUCUUUGAAAAAUCGCAGAACGACAUCUUAUUACGGUUAGAAGGUUCCGAUUCUAUUGCACGCUUGACGCUGGAUCAUGUGUCGGAUGGAUCGCCGAGUAAGCGAGCUUCUGCCUUCAAUAAGAUUCGGGUUGGUCAAAAGCUGGAGAAUUUGGUUAUUUUACAGGUGCAGGCGAAGAGGAGACUUGUCGUGCUCACAAACAAGCAGAGUCUAGUCAAAGCAGCUCAGGACGGAACCCUCCUGAAGAGCUACGAAGACCUCCUACCCAACGCCCUCGUCACUGGGUAUGUGUCGAACAUCACCGAGGACGGUGUCUUUGUGACUUUUGCUGCAAAUAUUAGCGGUCUUAUUACGCGAAAUCAGGUCCCGGUUGACCAAGAAGAUCAGCCCGACUUCGGCAUGGCCAAAUUUCAGCCUGUUACAGCAAGGAUCCUCUCCAUCGACUAUAAGGGGGCGACUCCGCGAUUCUGGCUCACCAUGAGGGACAGCACAAUAGUCAACGGCGCAUCAAAACCACCAAACGAAGAUUCGGCAUUACCACUUCCAGACGUCGUUGAACCAAUCGAUACGAGUCUCAGAACACUAAAUGAUCUGUCAGUAGGCAAGAUUACAAAAGCACGAAUCAUUUCCGUGAAAGAGACUCAAAUCAACGUUGAGCUUGCAAAAAAUGUACAGGGUCGAAUCGACGUCUCCGAAGUCUUUGACGAGUGGAAAGAUAUCCAGAAUCGUAAAAGACCGCUCAAGCAGUUCAGUCCUAAGCAAGAACUCACUGUCAAGAUCCUUGGAGCUCACGACACCAGGAACCAUAGGUUCUUGCCCCUGACACAUCGACAAGGAAAAAACACAGUUCUCGAGCUUUCGUGCAAACCCAGCUCUGUGACUAAACCUGGUAAAGCGAUUUUGAAGCUGCAAGAUGUCUCUGUUGGCUCUUCAUGGCUGGCCUUCGUCAACAAUAUCACGGAAGAUUGUCUAUGGGUCAACAUAUCCCCAAGUGUACGGGGAAGAAUUCGAAUAACAGACGUGUCCGAUGAUCUGUCUCUUGCAUCGAAUGUAGAAGCAAAUUUCCCUGUCGGUUCAGCACUCCGUGUGCACGUUGUAUCUGUGGAUGCGGAAAAGAAUCGUCUUGAUCUCACUGCAAGAUCAGAUGCAUCUGUUGGCUCCCUUACGCUUAAGGACAUCUCGAAGGGUCUCAUCCUUCCCGGCCGAGUUACAAAAAUCACUGAUCGCAAUAUCAUUGUUCAACUCAGCGAACAUGUCGUGGGUGCUGUCGACCUUAUUGAUAUUGCCGACAACUACGAUGAGGCCAACACGGCAAAAUUCCAGAAGAAUGAGGUCCUUCGAGUCUGUGUACUCAACGUAGACGUUCCCAACAAGAAAGUCACGUUGUCUACACGUCGGUCGAAAGUCCUCAGCUCUUCAUCUCCAGUAACUGACCCUGAAAUUACUUCUAUCGACCAACUUGCCGUCAAUGAUGUGGUUCGGGGUUUCAUCUGCAACAUUACUGAUAAAGGAGUUUUUGUGACGCUCGGCCACGGAUUCACUGCAUUUGUUAGGGUAAGCCACUUGUCAGACCAAUACCUCAAAGAUUGGAAGGAUCAUUUCCAGCGAGAACAACUGGUCAAGGGCAAGAUCACGCUUGUUGACAAAGCAUCUGGUCAUGUCCAGAUGACUCUGAAGCAGUCUGCCUUGGAUCCGAACUACAAGGCGCCUCUUACAUUUGGCGACCUGCAUGAAGGCGAUAUUGUUACUGCGAAAGUCGUCAAGGCUGAACCUUUUGGCGUUUUUAUUGUUGUCGAUAACUCUGAAAACGUUCGGGGCCUUUGCCAUCGUAGCGAAAUUGCUGAGCAGAGGAUUGAAGAUGCCACCAAGCUCUUCAGCGAAGGAGACGCCGUCAAGGCCAAGGUGCUCAAGCUUGAUCCUGCCAAUCGUAGGGUGAAUUUCGGCAUGAAGGCUUCUUAUUUCGCGGACACUGCUGAUUCUGAUGCGGCAUCAUCCGACGACAACGACGAGGAUGGCGUGAACCUUGACGAGAUCAUGGAAGAUGUUGACGAUGAGGAUGUUGAAGCAAGCGAAGACGACGAAGACCCCGUGCAAGUCGAGUUCGAGGAGGCCGGCGACACCGACGAGGAGGAGGAAGAAGAAGAUGAAGCCGAUGAUUCCGAGCUUGAGGACAGCGACGACGACGAAGCAGGACCUGCGCGUCGCAAGCCGCAAGGCCUCAGUGUCGGCGGAUUUGACUGGACAGGAACAUCUGGACUGGUCGACACCAAAGCCACAAAGCGUGCGGCUGAUGACUCAGAAUCCGACGACGAGCAAGACAGCAAGGCGCACAAGAAAAAGAAGAAGAAGCGAGCAGAGCCAGUCGUCGACCGCACAGCAGAUCUUGACACCAAUGGGCCUCAAUCCUCAGAUGACUUUGAGCGACUCCUCCUUGCCGAGCCCGACUCAGGCGAUCUUUGGCUUCAGUACAUGGCUUUCCAUCUCGGCCUAGAGGAAGUCGAUCGGGCGCGCGAAAUCGGCGAGCGCGCACUACGAUCCAUCGGGCUGGGUCCCGGGUCCGAGGAGGAGAAGUUGAAGGUCUGGACGGCGCUUCUCAACCUCGAAGACGCGCGGGGCGACGACGAGAGUCUCGACGCAAUCUUCAAGCGCGCGUUGGAGUACAACGACCAGCAACAAAUCUAUUCCAGGCUCGCGAGUAUCCUCAUCCAGUCCGGCAAGUACGACAAAGCGACCGAGAAGUUCAACGAGAUGCUCAAGAAGUUCAAGGCCGAUCUAGACGUUUGGGUCAACUAUGCUACCUUCUUGUUCGACGUGGUCAACAAGCCCGGCGAGGCUCGAGAGCUGCUGCCCCGUGCGUCCAAGACACUGCCGUCCACGACCAAGGACAAGAAGGAAGAGAACAGGGCGCGGUUUGAGCUGACGAAGUCGUUUGCACUGCUGGAGUUCAAGUCAAAGAACGGCCUGCCCGAGCGCGGACGCACGCUGUUUGAGGGCCUGCUGGCCGAGUACCCGAAACGCCUGGACUUGUUCAACGUCAUCCUCGACCAGGAGGAGAAGUUGGGCGACCAUGACAAGGUGCGAGAGACCUACGAGCGCGUCCUGAGCGUGAAGCUCAAGCAGGAGCAGGCGAGGCAUUUCUUCAAGCGAUGGGAAAAGUUCGAGGCGAAGCACGGAGACCAGCGCAAGGUAGAGGACGUCCAGGCCCGCGCGGUGGAGUGGGUGCGUAACUAUACGGCCAGACAGCAGCAACAGGCCACCACUGAGUAG